AUGACAACAAACACAUGUGCCUAUUGCCAUUCAUAUGUUGCGUUCCUUUUUCUCUAUAGAAUGCCUGCCCCUAAAAGACAAGAGUCUUUUCAGGAUCCUCAAGCUAAGAGAAGAAAGGUGGAUCAGAAUGAAGUCGCCAUGCCAUCCAACAAAACGACACCAGCCUCUGCAACGUCAAGCAACCCCCAUAGAGCAGCACCUUUGCAGAGAAGGAAUAAGAAAAAGUCCCCAGCAAAACUAAAAGAGGGAAAUAAACCUGCAGGGUCCAGCCGCAAUUCCUCCAAGACAAAAUCAACCCAAAAGGCCACCACCAGGACCAAGUCCAAUCCACCUGUAAAGAACGCCAAGCUGCUGAAAGCCACAAGUGCCUCCUCAAAGAAUCCCAACUCUAAAGGAAACCUAAAAAGACCAGCCAAGACCACAGAGUCCGAUGAGGAGCUUAUCAGAACUCGUAAACCCCAUUGCAUCAGAAAAUACUCUAAUGGGGAUAGAGGUAAGCGUAAAGGGUCACAGUCUAAUCUGAAUGAAGAAGUAUUGCUCUCGGACCCUGUGCAGAGGGAUCACAAUUAUGGUAUACCCUAUGUGUCUCGUGGUAGUCAUUCUGGAAGUGAGGAAAAUAAAAGGAAGGGAGUCAGAGAGUUCACCAUAGGCCCAGAGACCCAAAGAGAUGUGAAGAUGGAAACUCAAAUAUCUUUAGAGCCCUUACCUGAACAAUCUGGACAGAUGAAGCGGAGCAGUGAGACACAUGAGGUGCAGGAUAAUUCCAUGACCACCCCAACAGAUGAAGUUAGUGAGAGUGUCGAGACCAAGCCUGAUACAAAAACAAUGUCUCCUCCAGCAUUCCCUGAGAAAGCUUCAGAUCCCAUCCAUAAGCAGGUGAACCAGAAUAAUUCCAUGACCACCCCAACAGAUGAAGUUAGUGAGAGUGUCGAGACCAAGCCUGAUACAAAAACAAUGUCUCCUCCAGCAUUCCCUGAGAAAGCUUCAGAUCCCAUCCAUAAGCAGGUGAACCAGAAUAAUUCCAUGACCACCCCAACAGAUGAAGUUAGUGAGAGUGUCGAGACCAAGCCUGAUACAAAAACAAUGUCUCCUCCAGCAUUCCCUGAGAAAGCUUCAGAUCCCAUCCAUAAGCAGGUGAACCAGAAUAAUUCCAUGACCACCCCAACAGAUGAAGUUAGUGAGAGUGUCGAGACCAAGCCUGAUCCAAAAACAAUGCCUCCUCCAGCAUUCCCUGAGAAAGCUUCAGACCCCGUCCAUAAGCAGGUGAACCAGAGUAGUGAGACACAUGAGGAGCAGAACGAUUCAGUGACCAUCCCUACAGAUCAAGUUAGUGAGAGUGUAGAGAGCAAGUAUGAUGCAUAUAAAAAGUCUGCAGACCCCGUACCUGAACUGCUAAAACAGAGCACUGAGACACAGGAUAUGCAGGGAAAUUCCAUGACCACCCAUGCAGAUAAAGUUAAUAAACAUUUAGAGACUAAGGUCGAUGUAAAAAUAUUGUCUCCUCCAGCCAUAGGCUUAGUAGCAUAUAGUAGCAGUAGUGAUUCUGAAUGUGAAAGUGAGGAAAAUGACAGGAAGGGAGUCACAGAGUCAAUAGAUGUGAAGAUGAAAACUCAAGCAUCUUCAGAGAAGGCUUCAGACCCUGUCCCUGAACAGGUGAAGCAGAGCAGUGAGACGAUGCAGGAGGAUUCCAUGACCACCCCUACAUAUGAAGUUACUGAGGAUUCCAUGACCACCCCUACAUAUGAAGUUACUGAGGAUUCCAUGACCACCCCUACAUAUAAACUUACUGAGGAUUCCAUGACCACCCCUACAUAUGAAGUUACUGAGGAUUCCAUGACCACCCCUACAUAUGAAGUUACUGAGGAUUCCAUGACCACCCCUAGUGAGAGUGUAGACACCAAGCUUGAUGCAAAUAUAAAGCCUCCAUCUAUAGAAGUAUAUUCAGAGGAGGCUUCAGACCCUGUCCCUGAACAGGUGAAUCCUGAACAGGUGAAUCAGAUAUACAUCGACAUACAGAAGGUGCAGGAAGAUUCCUUGACCACCCCAACAGAUGAAGUAAGUGAACGUUUAGAUGGCACGCUUGAUGCAGAAAUAAUGUCCCUUCCACCUUUAGAAGCAUCCUCUGAGGAGACCCAUGAAGUUGAAGUUAGUGAGAGUGUAGAGACCAAGUGUCCAGAACUUGCACCUGAACAAGUGAUGCAGAGCACUCUCACACAGGAGAUGCAGGGAGAUUCCGCGCCAACCCCUGCAGAUCAAGUAAGUGAGAGUGUAGACACCAAGCUUGAUAUCGAAGUAAAGUCUCCACCUGUAGAACUAUCCUCUGAGGAGACUUCAGACAAUGUCUCUGUCUCAGAACAGGUGAUGCAGAGCAGUGAGACAAAGGAGGUCCAGGAAGAUUCCACGACCACCCCUACAGAUGAACUUAGGGAAAGUGUAGAAACAAAGUCGGUUGCUAAAAUAAAGUCUCCAUCCCUAGAGGUGCUUUUCAGUGCUCUAAAGGACUCCAGUCUUUGCAAACAUCCCCUAUCUCAUACAAUGCGCUCAAAUGUCAAAGAGUUUCUGGAAGUAGAAGAUUCUUUAGAAAUCAUGAAAAAAGACUGUGACUUUGGUGUAACCGAGAGCAUUGAGUGUACUUUAGACCUCGAGACCCCGAUUAUUGUCGAGGAUAUGGAGAUCGGCCACUGUGUUGUGGAGGUGGUGGGAGAGAAUGGAGAUGAGGUGGAUAGUGAUCUGGAAAUCAUAGACAACUCUGAGAGGCCAGAGAAGACACUCCAGCAAACCAAAGGGUCUGAAGAAGAGUGCAGUGUGGACAAAAGUGAAGAUGGUACUGAAAAGAAAUGUACAAGUUCCUCUAACCAAGACAGCACAAAUAGUGGGAAGAAAGAAGCUGCUAAAAAGACACAGGAUAGCCUGGAAAAACCCAAGAAACAGCAGAUGAACCCUCAGGCCAGGACCAAAGCCCGACUAGCAGCGCUAGCUGAGCAAAAGGCAGCCGCCUCCAAAAAAGAGAGCAGGCAGCUCAACCUCCUGGCCCUAUGUGAAGAAAUAGCAGACGAUAUCGCCACUGACACCAUGUUAAUAAAGACGAAGGAGGAGGAGGAGGAGCAGGUUGUAACAGUUGAGGCUGAACCCAGCAAGGAGCCAGAAUGCCCACCGCCUGUCACACAGGCUGAGACUGUUCCUAUACCUCCAGCUCCUGCCGGACCCAAGGAACCCUCUCCACCCUCCGCUGAGGAGCCUGCUCCAGCCAAGCCCCCAGCUCCAGAGGUACCUCAGAGGCGUUUCUUCAUCAGCCAAGUGACGAUACCCCUCAAAAUCCACGAGAAGAAGAAGCUUACCAGGUUCCAAAGGCUGCGGCAGGUGGAGCUGCAGCGGGAGAAGAAUAUGUCCUGGACCAUGGUGAAGAAGCUCAAGUCCGAUCAGAAGAUGAUUCCAGAGACUGAGACUAAACCUUCCUCCCCAUCACUGUCCACUCCAGAAGCAGCACCUGUCCCAGUGACCACACCCCCACCCCCCUCAGCCAGUCCAGCAGCACCCACAGUAGCUGCACUCUCUUCUGCCCCAGCCCCAACCAGCCCAGCAGUAACCCCUAAGGUUGAGCCCCUCAAAGUUGAGCCCCCCAAAGUGACCCCCAGUAAGGGACCCACCCUAAGAAAGAGGACGCUUCCAGCAGUACCCCCGCCGAUGCCCAACGGGCUGAAAGCUCAGAAGGCCAAGCCUGUGGUGGAGUAUAAGCCUUACAAAGCAAGGCCCAAGUACUCUUUUGAUGACUUUGAACUGGAUGAUGAGCCGAAACCCACAGUACAGAAGGCAGUACUACCCACAGCCCAGAGGGCAGCAGUGAGACCUACACCUACCAGCAUUCAGAGGGCAGCAGUUAGAUCUACACCUACCAGCACUCAGAGGGCAGCAGUGACAUCUACCCUUACCACCAUUCAGAGGGCAGCAGUGACACCUACACUUACCACCAUUCAGAGGGCAGCAGUGACACCUACACUUACCACCAUUCAGAGGGCAGCAGUGAGACCUACACCAGCGGCAGAAAAUGGCAAACAUGAAGUAACUUUCUUGAACAUUGAUCUAAAAUUAUAAAAUGCAAGGAUGAGUUUUUAUGUCAAAAAUGGUAUUGAAAUUAAUUAUAGAAAAUGAAUUCUAACCCUCUUUAUUUCUCCUUCCACAGGACUCAAAACCUACCGUGCAGAAGCCAGGAGUACCUACGGGUCAGAAAACAGUAAGACCUACCGCGCAGAAAACAGUAGGACCUACCACGCAGAAAACAGUAGGACCUACCGCGCAGAAAACAGUAGGACCUACCGCGCAGAAAACAGUAGGACCUACCGCGCAGAAAACAGUAGGACCUACCACGCAGAAAACAGUAGGACCUACCACGCAGAAAACAGUAGGACCUACCGCGCAGAAAACAGUAGGACCUACCACGCAGAAAACAGUAGGACCUACCACGCAGAAAACAGUAGGAUCUACCGCGCAGAAAACAGUAGGACCUACCGUGCAGAAAACAGUAGGACCUACCUCGCAGAAGACAGUACCAACUGUACUGAAGGCUGUAGAGACACCAACCCCUAUGUCCAAAAAUGGCAAACAUGAGGUAAGUUUCUUAGUUGUAAUAAUAAUAAUAAGUUAUUACGUUUCUAUAGCGCUUUUCAUAGAAUCUCAAAGCUCUUCAAGAGCAAAAAACAAACAAGCAAUUUAUCAGGACAGGUCAAUAUACUGUAUCAGGACAGGUCAAUAUACUGUAUCAGGACAGGUCAAUAUACUGUAUCAGGACAGGUCAACCAAUAGAGACCAAGUCUUUGAAAGCUGCAUCCUCCGAAGAUUGAGAGGAGGGACACUUUAAUGGCUUGAGCGGAGAGAGCUGUUCAGAGGAUGGUAGAUGAUGGUGAUGGAGUCUGCUGAUGAUCUUGUAGAGGGCAAGUCUGGGAACCAGCCUGACCCUUAUAGCCACUGGACUUCUCCGCUUCCACUUUGUGGAGCACCCACUUGGGUGUUGCCUCAGCAGCUCUGGGCGCCAGAAAGCUCACCACACAAAUUUCCGAACAGUAGCCAGUCGUCCUCAGUACUGCUGUAUUCCUCUAGCUCCCAUUCCUCUCACACUUCAGGCGACACCUCAAAUUAUGUUCUAAGAAGAUCAGUAAUUGGCAGCCACUCACUCUCUCUCACUCAACCCCGUUGGUCUUUAUUCUGAAAGUCAAUAAAGUUGAUGUAGAGUUUACGUUGCCACGCACUACAUUGCUCAAUGAUGUUUCUGAGGGCAAAGCUCUCUUACCCUUCAUCCAGAUGUCAGUGACAUUUUUUUGCAGCCAAUACUGGAUUGAUUUUGAACAGCUCGGCAUUGAGGUUGUAAGGACCUGGAGCUUUCCCAUUCUUUAGUGACUUGAUAAUAGGGAUUAUUUCUUCUUUGGUUGGUGUGUUAAUUGUAUCCAUGGGGUUCUCUGUUGAGAUCUUCUCUGAAAUGUUCUGUCCAUCUUGCUUCCUGUUCAUUUUCUGUAUUCAGGAGAUUGCCUUGCUUGUAUUUGACUUACAUUUUCUGCCACAGAUUAGGUUAGUGAUUUUGUAUACUGUUCCUUGCUGUUUGCUUGCUGCUGCUUUUUCAGCUGCGCUUGCCAGCUCCUCCAGGUAGGCCCUUUUGUCUCACUAGCCUUUUGACUUGUGUGUAGAGUUUACUGUACUACUCCUCCAAUUUCUGUUUUAGUCUUAAGAAUAGAAUACCAUGUCAGCUUGUGUAUAUUCUUGUGGGGAAACAGGCUGCCACCAAUCACCAGGUUAUUUGUGACGCAGAAUGUCGCCAGUCUCCCACCGUUGUCAUUCAUCUCUCCACAGCCGUGCUUCCCCAUUGUUCUCUCGUAGUUGGUGUUGUCGGUGCCAACCUUUGCGUUCAGGUCUCCGAUGAUGAGGAGCAGGUCUUGAGCAGGUGUCUUCGCUAGGUGUUCUAGAACAGGCCUUUUUCUUCAUCUUAGGCGUAACAUUGGAUUAUUGUUAGUUUGGUAUGUUGUCCAUUAAGUCUGGCUGUUAUCAUUCUGCUACUGAUUGGUUCCCAUUCCAUCAGAGUUUUCUCUACCCCUUUCUGUAGGAUGAUGGCGACACCUUCACGGUGUUGUCCGCCCUCCCAUCCAGAGUGUAGUACUGUUUCUCCAGUGCUGGUUCUCGUGGAACCAGAGCUAGUCCACCUGGCUUCACUCACUCCCAGGAUCUGUAGCUUGUAUCUCCUCACUUCAUUGGUAACCUGUGCCAGCUUUCCGGACUCAAACAUUGUUUGAACAUUCCAUAAGCCAACGUGCAGUUUGUUUUUUGGUGUUCAGUGCUCCCAUCUUCACAUCACCAGUUUCCCGUAGGCUUUCACUGAUGGCGGUCAUACAAGUCUGGGACUCUGGGAGAUCUUCGCAUCCAGUUGUAGGAUUGUCAUUUGUUGCUGUUUCUGUAACUCAAAGGUUUUACGGGAUGGGGUUUGCUAGCCCCAUAACCAACCGUCCACCAUUUCUGGUUUCGGGAGAUUUUGGAAUUGGCAGCCAGGUGAAACCAAAAAAGCUGGUACUGUGUCCAGAUGCAUUUUAGCUAGCUAGCCAAGCCAAGAAGUGUUAAUCUGCAAAUCAGUGGCUCAAAGACACCAGAUAUAUGCAAUAAAAACGAAUGUUAUCAAAAACAAAAGAGCUGAUUUAAAAAAUCAACAAUUAAAAACGCCUAAGAAAUAACUAAAUAUGUACACAUUUACAGGAGCUCUGUGCUUAGGCUGCUAUUAGGGCGCCAUGGCAAAAUUGGCUACAGUGGUAACUAGUAACGCCCAACAGAUAGGCCUAUGUGCGCAAGAUAAUUUAUCAAGAAUAUGCGUCAUAUUCGACCUGCAAUUUGUAAACAAAGCUGCUGUACUAUUGGUCAAAACGUCAUUUUGAUCACUUUGAAGUGACACAAAUGACAAAUUAAGCUUUUAUCUAUCCAUUUCGAGAUAUAUUAAACCAACAAAAAAUUGCUUUUUUAUUUUGGAAUUCGAACUCCCAAAUGAGCCCCAAUCUGCCCCCGCUUCUUAGAAAAACAUGCAUGGGCAGCUACAGGGUGUGUGUGUGUGUGCACAUGGGUGUGCAUGUUUUCAAAGAGUGAUUCCUGAAUUCUGACGCCUCUAAAUGUUUACAUUGGUGAUAUGGAAACCUGACAUGGUAAUUGCUCUCACCUUCCCUUCUGGCUAUGUUACCUCUCCAGUGUGCAGUGAUAGCCUUCAUGGUGUCGUUUUUACUGUGGUACAACACCGUGGGUUCUCUCACGUCCACACAAACGCACGUGCAGGCAGCGACAUACACAGUCAGUACAUAAUCCUUGGCUGAGUGUUGUUUUUACAAUGCUGUUGUGUGGUGGUGAAACAUGUACGCACUCACUAACUGUAAGUCGCUCUGGAUAAGAGCGUCUGCUAAAUGACUAAAAUGGCAACUAUAUAGAACUAUUCUACUUGAAAUAACUUUCUUGGUUGUUACGCGACUUGUUUUUUAUGCUAUCAGACAUUGAAAGCGACCAUGCAUUUUUAAACCCACGACCCGCUAGAGUGUAGCACUAGCAACGCCCUUACCCACAUCCUUAUCAUUUAUCUAAAAUAGUGUGUCUUGUGUGGUACUGUAACUGUCCUCAUCUCCCCUCCUUCCCCAGGACUCCAAACUUACCGUACAGAAGGCAGACAUGCCUAGACCCAGUGUACAGAAGGCAGCUGUGGUACCUACACCUUGCCCCAAAACAGAAGCACCACCUACGCCCAAAACUGGCAAAGAUGAGGUAACAUCCUUGGACCUGUUCUUUCUUUAUUAGCAUGUAAGAAUGGUAGGUUUGUUUUAGAAAUUAUAUUAAAAACCCAUUCAAUAACUGUACAGGGCACUUCAGUGACACGUUAGAAGCAGUGUGGAUUAUCAUACAGCCAUUUUCAUGGCAAAAGUUAUUUUGGCGAUGCAAUUUAUCCCUCUUAACCUCUUGUCUUUCCAUAGGAUUCCAUAGCACCAGUGUCCUCCCCUCCCUCAGAAGAGCCCCCAAGAGAUUCUGUUGACAAGGAGCAGUGUGAAGAAAAGCCUGCUGGUACUCUCAUGUCUGAUAACAUCCAACUAACCAACCAAAUGACAGUUUGAACAGUGUUAUAACACAUUGUCAUAUCCUCAUUGUGGAACAUGCUUCUUAUAGAAUCUGUCUCUUACUUAUCAGUUACUGCGAUUAAACCCACAUCCCCAGAGGUCAGGUCAGAGGACAACACAACAACAGAGAAAGCCUCUGACUCGUAAGAAUUUACACUCAAAUUGCAAUGACCAAAUCAUUUUCUGCACAAAAAACUAUUUUCCAGAGCAAUUCAAACUAUGUCUGUGUUUCCAUGGCAGUGGGGUCGUGCAAUCAGCAGGUAAUAGCAGUCCCCUCUCUGACACACGUCUGCAGAAAGAAAUCAAGAAACUAAAGGAGGCCGACCAAGAUGGAAAUCAAGCCAUCAUUGUGAGUGUUUCAGUCCUUUGCCGAAUACUGCCCACUGUAUUACUGUACUUUGAGUUGUUCUCUUUUGUAAUAGAGUGGUGUUAUUCAAAGACUAUGUAUGGUCCUAGCCUGGUCCCAGAUCUGUUUGUGCUCUUGCCAACUGACUUGCUGUCAUUGUCAAGCCAAAGAUUUUGCAUGACAAUGAGUGACGAGUUGGCAUGAUGGCACAAACUGACUGGCACUUAGGCUAGGAUGUUCCUAUAUUUAGACAGAAUCUAUUUACCGGUAAUAUGUCAGAACUGACCCGGAGUCUGUGUGUGUCACCUCCUAGGAUGCAGGGCAGAAGCACUUUGGCGCAGUGACCUGCAGUGUGUGUGGGAUGCUGUACUCUGCUGCCAACCCGGAGGAUGAAUCCCAGCAUUUGCUCUUCCACAACCAGUUCAUCAGUGCUGUCAGAUAUGUGGUGAGAAGGAGCAGUCACCCACAGCAUGAAUGCUUCCCAUAGGACUCUGGUUAAAAGUAAUGCACUUCUGUAUAUAGGGAAUAGGGGGCCAUUUGGGACGCAGGCUAUGUGUGCCAACUCUACCCAACUCGUCCCCUCUGACUCAAACAUCUCUCACACACAUACAUCUCUCAACCUAUAAACCACUGAUUUGUCGUGCCGUCCACAGGGGUGGAAGAAGGAGAGGAUUUUGGGGGAGUACCCCGAUGGCAAGAUCAUCCUUGUCCUUCCAGAUGACCCCAAAUAUGCACUGAAGAAGGUAUGUGGGCUUCAGGUUCCAAAUUUACACAUUAUCACAUAUGGAAAAACUUUACUGUAAUAUGAUGAAAAACAUAAGAGCAUUAUUUAUCUAAAAUACUGUAUACUUUAAAUCCCCUGAUACACAUCACUACAUAUCACGAGAGUUUGUGACCCCCUGAUAUACAGUGGGGUCCAUAAUUAUUGCCAACCUUGAUAAAGAUAAGCAAAAAAGACUAUAAAUAAAUAAUACAAAUACUGAGCUGUAUUGUAUGCUAAAAGAAAUUGGACAAUUGAUAUUAUUUUAUACUAAUACAAUUGCACAGAGAAAGAGAUUUUGUUUAACAGGUAAUAAAAAACCACUUUACAAAAUACAUUAUUCCCAUACCAUUAUUACAGAGAAUCAGGCAAAUUAUGCUACCCUCUGCCUAUUGGCUACUUAGCUUAUCCAAGCCUUUCUCAAAAUACAACACUGCCCCUUUAAAAAAAUAAAAAUGAUUUACCUGACUCGCUUUUCAAAAAUGUCUAGAAAUGCAUAUGUUUUGUGCUCUUGUAGGAAGCAAUCACUCCCCCAUUGAUGACUACAAAUGAUUUCUAACUGGACUAAUAACUCAGUAACUAGCAAAGGAUAUGAACAAAUGUUGAAAUGUGCACACAUCGCAACAUGUAGGUCUCGCUUUGAUCUCAAAACGAGUGCAUCUACUCACGACCGCUCAUGCUGUAAAAACAGUCCAGUUCAAAGUGAAUGGCACAGAUUCAUAUACACUACCAGUCAAAAGUUUGGACACACCUACUCAUUCAAGGGUUUUUCUUUCUUUUUACAAAUGUUUUCAUUGUAGAAUAAUAGUGAAGACAUCAGAACUAUGAAAUAACACAUUUGGAAUCAUGUAGUGAACAAAAAAGUGUUAAACAAAUCAAAGUAUAUUUUAUAUUUGAGAAUCUUCAAAUAGCCACCCUUUGCUUUGAUGACAGCUUUGCACACUCUUGGCAUUCUCGCAACCAACUUCACCUGGAAUGCUUUUCCAACAGUCUUGAAUGAGUUCCCACAUAUGCUGAGCACUUGUUGGCUGCUUUUCCUUCACUCUGCGGUCCGACUCAUCCCAAACCAUCUCAAUUGGGUUGAGGUCGGGGGAUUGUGGAGGCCAGGUCAUCUGAUGCAGCACUCCAUCACUCUCCUUCUUGGUAAAAUAGCCCUUACACAGCCUGGAGGUGUGUUGGGUCAUGAAAUGAAAUGAAAUGAAAAACAAAUGAUAGUCUCACUAAGCCCAAACCACAUGGGAUGGCAUAUCGCUGUAGAAUGCUGUGGUAGCCAUGCUGGUUAAGUGUGCCUUGAAUUCUAAAUAAAUCACAGACAGUGUCACCAGCUAAGCACCCCCACACCAUAACACCUCCUCCUCCAUGCUUUACGGUAGGAAAUAUACAUGCGGAGAUCAUCAAUUCACCCACACCGCGUCUCACAAAAACACAGCGGUUGGAACCAAAAAUCUCCAAUUUGGACUCCAGACCAAAGGACAUAUUUCCACCGGUCUAAUGUCCAUUGCUCGUGUUUCUUGGCCCAAGCAGAUCUCUUCUUCUUAUUGGUGUCCUUUAGUAGUGGUUUCUUUGUAGCAAUUCAACAUGAAGGCCUGAUUCACACAGUCCCCUCUGAACAGGUGAUGUUGAGAUGUGUCUGUUACUUGAACUCUGUGAAGCAUUUAUUUGGGCUGCAAUUUCUGAGGCUGUUGACUCUAAUGAACUUAUUCUCUGCAGCAGAGGUAACUCUGGGUCUUCCAUUCCUGUGGUGGUCCUCAUGAGAGCCAGUUUCAUCAUAGCGCUUGAUUGUUUUUGCGACUGCACUUUAAGAAACUUUCAAAGUUCUUGAAAUGUUCCAUAUUGACUGACCUUCAUGUCUUAAAGUAAUGAUGGACUGUCGUUUCUCUUUGCUUAUUUGAGCUGUUCUUGCCAUAAUAUGGACUUGGUAUUUUACCAAAUAGGGCUAUCUUCUUUAUACCCCCCCUACCUUGUCACAACACAACUGACUGGCUCAAACGCAUUAAGAAGGAAAGGAAUUCCACAAAUGAACUUUUAAGAAGGCACACCUGUUAAUUUUUUUAUUUAUUUUAUUUUGUCAUUUAGCAGACGCUCUUAUCCAGAGCGACUUAGUUAGUGAGUGCAUACAUUUUCAUACUGCCCCCCCGUGGGAAACGAACCCACAACCCUGGCGUUGCAAGCGCCAUGCUCUACCAACUGAGCUACAAUUGAAAUGCAUUCCAGGUGACUACCUCAUGAAGCUGGUUGAGAGAAUGCCAAGAGUGUGCAAAGCUGUCAUCAAGGCAAAGGGUAGCAAUUUGAAAAAUCUCAAAUAUAAAAUAUAUUUGGAUUAGUUUAACACUUUUUUGGUUACUACAUGAUUCCAUAUGUGUUAUUUCAGAGUUUUGAUGUCUUCACUAUUAUUCUACAAUGUAAAAAAUUAAGAAAAACCCUUGAAUGAGUAGGUGUGUCCAAACCUUUGACUGGUACUGUAUAUACAAAAGCUGAAGAACACACGCACAUCCAGGUACUUUCCUCAGAUAACCAAAACACUGCACACUGCUGCUCAGGUGAUAUUUAUGUAUAACGUUUCGACCCUUAGGUCUUCAUCAGGCUUAUGGUCUAUUUGCAUAUAGGCCUAAUGCAGCUGUGAUUGGUUAUCGUGCACCGGUCUGUGUAGAGUACGGGCAUGAAUCGUGCCUGUCAAUGCAAUAGAAUCCUACUCCAAUGCACUCUGCCUACAAGAAAAUCUCUUACGUAGUUGGUUUUGUUUCGGGAUGUUGCAUUGAAAGUGGCUAAUAUUGCGUUGAUUCGAUCACAAUUCCCACAGUAAAGGGAAACGUUGAUCGUGUUAACUAACAGGGAAAACUCUAGAAAGUUGAGUGAAGUUCAAUCUCGUGCUUCUCUGCAUGGGCUGAUAUUUCUUCUGCAAGGCAGUCCAAGGGGAGCUGCACGCAGCUUAGAGGGAACAUUGAUUGGCACCCCUGUUUUUAAUACUCUGUCACCCUCCCCUUGCGAGGAGAACGACAAAGCCUUUUUCUAAAAAUGUUUUAUGAGAUUGGGAACAAGUUGUGAGGGAUCUUAUACCAUUCCUCCAUACAGAAUCUUUCCAGAUCUUUGAUAUCCUUUGUCUGCGCUUAUGGACUGCCCUCUUCAAUUCAAACCACAUGUUUUCAAUGGGGUUCAAGUCUGGAGACUGAGAUGGCCAUUGCAAAAUGUUGAUUUUGUUUCUUUGUGGAUUUUGAUCAGUGCUUGGGGUUAUUGUCUUACUGGGAGAUCCACUUGCGGCCAAGUGUCCGCCUCCUGGCAGAGGCAUCCAGGUUUUUGACUAAAAUGAUGCUGUUGACUAUAACAAGGGACCCAGGACCAGUGGUAGCAAAAUAACCCCAUAUUUUACUGUAGAUAUUAGGAACUUUUCUGCAUAUGCUUCUGUUUUUCAACGGCAAACCCACCACUGGAGUGCAUGGCCAAAGAGCUCUAUUUUCAUGUCCUCUGACCAUAGCACCGGUUCCAAUCCAAGUGCCAAUGCCGUUUAUCAAACUCCAGGCGGUGCUAUGGUCUGAAUCCCAACAUUACACUGUUGAUUUUAUGUGCAUUUUACAUUUACUGUACUUUUCACAGCAUUUGUCAAUAAAGAAAUCAGAAAAUACUCUUGAUGCAUUCAGUAACAUAAUAAGAAUAUUCAUUGAAAUGUUGGAGUAGGUGCAAGAUAAGAGGAGUAUUUUUCUCUGCUAAUACAGGAGUAAUGAAGGCCUAGUUCACAAAUAUUUUUAUUUGAUUUAUCAGGGUGUGCUGCAGCACCCUCCGCCCCCCUACUUGCCACGACUAUGAACGCAUGUCAUCCUUGUAACUGUGGAUCCAACAUGGCGAUUAUAAACGUUGAUACUGUAAAUUGAGUUUUCAAAUAUGGAAAUGUGAAGUGCACAUUUGAACUCAUGGGUGUGUGGUUUGCUUGUAUGACAUCAAAGCGGUAUCUAUUAUAAUCCUCAACGUCUCAUCUUUCAGAACAGACUAAUCUCGAUUUACAGGAUUUCCCUCACUUAGACAACAAAUAUCAAAUCAAAUUUUAUUUGCCACAUGCGCCGAAUACAACAGGUGUAGAUAUUACAGUGAAAUGGUUACUUACAGCCCUUAACCAACAAUGCAUUUAUUUUUUUUAUAAAAAAGUUAAAUAAAACGACAACAAAAAAGUGUUGAGAAAAAAAGAGCAGAAGUAAAAUAAAAUAACAGUAGGAAGGCUAUAUACAGGGGGGUACCGGUGCAGAGUCAAUGUGUGGGGGCACCGGCUAGUUGAGGUAAUAUGUACAUGUGGGUAGAGUUAAAGUGACUAUGCAUAAAUAAUUAACAGAGUAGCAGCAGCGUAAAAAGAUGGGGUGGGGGUGGGGGGGCAGUGCAAAUAGUCCGGGUAGCCAUGAUUAGCUGUUCAGGAGUCUUAUGGCUUAGGGGUAGAAGCUGUUGAGAAGUAUUUUGGACCUAGACUUGGCACUCCGGUACUGCUUGCCGUGCGGUAGCAGAGAGAACAGUCUAUGACUAGGGUGGCUGGAGUCUUUGACAAUUUUGAGGGCCUUCCUCUGACAUCGCCUGGUGUAGAGGUCCUGGAUGGCAGGAAGCUUGGCCCCAGUGAUGUACUGGGCCGUACGCACUACCCUCUGUAGUGCCUUGCGGUCGGAGGCCGAGCAGUUGCCAUACCAGGCGGUGAUGCAACCAGUCAGGAUGCUCUCGAUGGUGUAGCUGUAGACUUUUUUGAGGAUCUGAGGAUUCCCUUUUUUGAGGAUUCCCUCCUGAGGGGGAAUAGGUUUAGCGGAAGGAAUGGGAGCAUCUUCUUGUCACGCACAGUGCUCAAGUUUAUAACGGCUGUCAGUCAAAACCCAUACAGCGUUAUGAAGCGGAAAACCUGAGCUCUGACGGCAUGUAUAGCCACUGCGUUCCAAUUUAGGUGCUUAUCAAUGACCAAAUCUGCAAUUUUCAACCCGUAUAUGCCCGUGAGUAUAAAGGGUUAAACAAAAUGUAUUUCUCUGAGCAAUUGUAUUAGUGUAAUAUAAUUGUCCCAAUUUUUUGAGCAUACAAUAUACCUCAGUGUUUGUAUUACUUAUUUUAUACAGUCUUUUUUGCUUAUAUUUAUCAAGGGUGCCAAUAACCUCUGUACAGCACUACAGUUUAUUUGUCCUGUAGUCCAGGGUCAUAUUCACUAGGCAUCAAACAGAAAGAAAAGUGACCAUAACAGGGAGGGAUAAGAAACACUGGUUUUCGUUGCAAAACGUUAUCUGUUGCAAAAAGUUUUGCUGCGGUGUGCACUAAUGAAUACGACCCUGCAAAGAAGUCUCACGGAGCCUGUCUCUUGGUGGUUUGUCAGGUUGAGGAGAUUAGAGAGAUGGUGGACAAUGACCUGGGCUUCCAGCAGGUUGAGACCAAGUGUCCCUCCCAGACCAAAACCUUCCUGUUUAUCUCCAAUGACAAGAAGGUAGCUGGGUGCCUUAUCGCUGAGCACAUUCAGGAGGUGAGAAAGACAUCUGUGGGGGUUGGGGCUGGGAAUGUGUGUGUUUGUGUUGGGAGGGGGGUUGAGAUGCGAAGUCAAGAGACUUUAUUGUAAUGAGGUAUUCGCUGUUGUUGCAUGUAUGUGAUUGUAUUUGCGUGUGCAGGGCUACAGGGUCAUCGAGGAGGCGGUGCCCGAGGGCUCGGAGGGAGAGAAGGUGAUGUUUGAGCGUCAGAGAGCCUGGUGCUGUUCCACCAACCCAGAGCCAGCCCUCUGUGGCAUCAGCCGCAUCUGGGUCUUCAGCAUGACGAGACGGAGGGGCAUCGCUUCGCGCAUGAUCGAGUGUCUCAGGUCAGUCCGUCAGUCUUACUUGGGCAUGAAUCAAAGCUGUAACACUUUUAUUUGGGGGUGGGGGUGUAGAAAAAUCUACAUAAUUUGCUCCGAGGGGGGGUAAAGGCGUCCUCAUGCUUCCCAGCCGAAACAGUUCGGAAGAGUUUGUGCAUAUAUUAUGACAACAUUUUGUGACGUUUUUGUUUGUACCUCAUGAAGCUGGUUGAGAGAAUGUCAAGAGUGUGCAAAUCUGUCAUCAAGGCAAAGGGCAGCUACUUUUUUCGUUACACCAUGAUUCCAUAUUUGUAUUCUGUACAUGCUUCUUUUCACUGUGGCAUUUAGGUUAGUAUUGUGGAGUAACUACAGCAAUGUUGUUGAUCUAUCCUCAGUUUUUUCCUAUCACAGCCAUUAAACUCUGUAACUGUUUUAAAGUCACCAUUGGCCUCAUGGUGAAAUCCCUGAGCGGUUUCCUUCCUCUCCGGCAACUGAGUUAGGAAGGAGGCUUGUAUCUUUGUAGUGACUGGGUGUAUUGAUACACUAUCCAGUGUAAGUAAUAACUUCACCAUGCUCAAAGCGAUAUUAAGUCUGCUUUUAUUUUUACCCAUCUACCAAUAGGUGCCCUUCUUUGCGAGGCAUUGGAAAACCUCCCUGGUCUUUGUUAGUUAAAUAAAUAAAUAAAUUGGUCAUUUAGCAGACGCUCUUAUCCAGAGCGACUUACAGGAGCAAUUAGGGUUAAGUGCCUUGCUCAAGGGCACAUCGACAGAUUUUUCACCUAGUCGGCUCGGGGAUUAGAACCAGCGACCUUUCUGUUACUGGCACAACGCUCUUAACCAUUAAGCUACCUGCCGUUAGUUAGUCUGUGUUUAAAAUUCACUGCUCGACUGAGGGACUUUACAGAUAAUUGUAUGUGUGGGGUACAGAGAUGAGGUAGUCAUAAAAAAAUCAUGUUACACAGUAUGAAAAAAAUACAAAAUAAAUGUGUGCACUCACUAACUCUCUGGAUAAGAGUGUCUGCUAAAUGACUAAAAUGUAAAAAAUGUAUUAUUGCACACAGAGUGAGUCCAUGCAACUUAUUAUGUGACUUGUUAAGCAAAUGUUUUCUCCCAAACUUAUUUAGGCUUGCCAUAACAAGGGGGUUGAAUAUUCAUUGACUCAAGACAUUACAGCUUGACAUUUUUUAGUAAUUUGUAGAAAUGUCUAAAAACAUAUUUACAUUUACAUUUUAGUAAUUUAGCAGACGCUCUAAUUCCACUUUGACAUUAUGGAGUAUUGUGUGUAGGCCAGUGACACAAUCUAAAAUGAAUCAAUUUAAAAUGUAGGCUGUAACACAACAAAAUGGUGAAAAAUUCAAGGGGAAAAAACGUUUUUGAUCCCCUGCUGAUUUUGUACGUUUGCCCACUGACAAAGAAAUGAUCAGUCUAUAAUGUUAAUGGUAGGUUUAUUUGAACAGUGAGAGACAGAAUAACAACCAAAAAAUCCAGAAAACCGCAUGUCAAAAAUGUUAUAAAUUGAUUUGCAUUUUAAUGAGGGAAAUAAGUAUUUGACCCCCUCUGAAUCAGAAAGAUUUCUGCCUCCCAGGUGUCUUUUAUACAGGUAACAAGGCACACUCUUAAAGGGAGUGCUCCUAAUCUCAGUUUGAUACCUGUAUAAAAGACACCUGUCCACAGAAGCAAUCAAUCAAUCAGAUUCCAAACUCUCCACCAUGGCCAAGACCAAAGAGCUCUCCAAGGAUGUCAGGGACAAGAUUGUAGACCUACACAAGGCUGGAAUGGGCUACAAAACCAUCGCCAAGCAGCUUGGUGAGAAGGUGACAAUAGUUGGUGCGAUUAUUCGCAAAUGGAAGAAACACAAAAUAAUUGUUAAUCUCCCUAGGCCUGGGGCUCCAUGCAAGAUCUCACCUUGUGGAGUUGCAAUGAUCAUGAGAACGGUGAGGAAUCAGCCCAGAACUACACGGGAGGAUCUUGUCAAUGAUCUCAAGGCAGCUGGGACCAUAGUCACCAAGAAAACAAUUGGUAACACACUACGCCGUGAAGGACUGAAAUCCUGCAGCGCCCGCAAGGUCCCCCUGCUCAAGAAAGCACAUAUACAGGGCCGUCUGAAGUUUGCCAAUGAACAUCUGAAUGAUUCAGAGGAGAACUGGGUGAAAGUGUUGUGGUCAGAUGAGACCAAAAUCGAGCUUUUUGGCAUCAACUCAACUCGCUGUGUUUAGAAGAGGAGGAAUGCUGCCUAUGACCCCAAGAACACCAUCCCCACCAUCAAACAUGGAGGUGGAAACGUUAUGCUUUGGGGAUGUUUUUCUGCUAAGGGGACAAGACAACUUCACCGCAUCAAAGGGACGAUGGACGGGGCAAUGUACCAUCAAAUCUUGGGUGAGAACCUCCUUCCCUCAGCCAGGGCAUUGGAAAUGGGUCGUGGAUGGGUAUUCCAGCAUGACAAUGACCCAAAACACACGGCCAAGGCAACAAAGGAGUGGCUCAAGAAGAAGCACAUUAAGGUCCUGGAGUGGCCUAGCCAGUCUCCAGACCUUAAUCCCAUAGAAAGUCUGUGGAGGGAGCUGAAGGUUCGAGUUGCCAAACGUCAGCCUCGAAACCUUAAUGACUUGGAGAAGAUCUGCAAAGAGGAGUGGAACAAAAUCCCUCCUGAGAUGUGUGCAAACCUGGUGGCCAACUACAAGAAACGUCUGACCUCUGUGACUGUCAACAAGGGUUUUGCCACCAAGUACUAAGUCAUGUUUUGCAGAGGGGUCAAAUACUUAUUUCCCUCAUUAAAAUGCAAAUCAAUUUAUAACAUUUUUGACAUGCGUUUUUCUGGAUUUAUUUGUUGUUAUUCUGUCUCUCACUGUUCAAAUAAACCUACCAUUAAAAUGAUAGACUGAUCAUGUCUUUGUCAGUGGGCAAACGUACAAAAUCAGCAGGGGAUCAAAUACUUUUUUCCCCUCACUGUAUAUAAUUAAAAUAUGUAGUGUUGGAACUUCAACAUCCACUUCUUCUCGUAUUGCCCUCCCACAGGAACAACUUCAUCUAUGGCUCCUACUUGAGCAAGGAGGAGAUCGCUUUCUCCGACCCCACGCCCGACGGGAAGCUCUUUGCUACACACUACUGUGGCACCUCGCAGUUCCUGGUUUAUAACUUUGUCAGUGGAACAUGUUCAGACCAACCAAGCCCAAAUUUG